CGGGUCCCGCCCGAACCUGGGGGCGGUCCGGGCAGUCAGCAUCCUCGCACCGCCCAGGCGCCACGCCCUCCGGCCCUCCCUGGCUCCAUAUUGCGGGCAAGCGGGCUGGGGUGUGACGCUGCUCCCCGGUUCAGAAUGUCCUACCCAGGCUACCCCCCCACAGGCUACCCGCCUUUUCCCGGAUACCCUCCUGCAGGUCAGGAGUCAUCUUUCCCCCCUGCUGGUCAGUAUCCUUAUCCUAGUGGCUUUCCACCAAUGGGAGGAGGUGCUUAUCCACCAGCACCAAGUAGCGGCUACCCGGGAGCUGGGGGCUAUCCUACACCUGGAGGUUAUCCAGCCCCUGGGGGCUAUCCUGGCACCCUCAAUCCAGGGGCAGCUCCAGCCUAUCCUGGAGGUCAAGGCUUUGGAGCCCCACCUGGUGGAGCAGGCUUUUCUGGCUACCCACAGCCCCCUGCACAGUCUUAUGGUGGUGGACCAGCCCAGGUUCCUGUACCAGGUGGCUUUCCUGGGGGACAGAUGCCGUCUCAGUACCCUGGAGGACAAGCUCCUUACCCUAGCCAGCCUGCUUCUAUGACUCAGGGCACCCAAGGAACAAUCCAACCAGCUUCCAACUUUGAUGCUAUGAGAGAUGCAGAAAUUCUCCGCAAAGCAAUGAAGGGGUUUGGCACAGACGAGCAAGCAAUUGUGGAUGUUGUGUCCAGCCGUUCCAAUGACCAGAGGCAACAAAUUAAAGCAGCUUUUAAGACCAUGUAUGGCAAGGAUUUAAUUAAAGAUCUCAAGUCAGAGUUGAGUGGAAAUAUGGAAGAAUUAAUCCUUGCCCUGUUCAUGCCUUCUACAUACUAUGAUGCCUGGAGUUUGCGGAAAGCAAUGCAGGGAGCAGGAACUCAAGAACGUGUAUUGAUAGAAAUUUUGUGCACAAGAACAAAUCAAGAAAUUCGAGACAUUGUUAGAUGUUACCAGUCAGAAUUUGGACGAGACCUUGAGAAGGACAUUAAGUCAGAUACCUCAGGACAUUUUGAACGUCUCCUCGUGUCCAUGUGUCAGGGAAACCGUGAUGAGAACCAGAGUAUAAACCACCAGAUGGCUCAGGAUGAUGCCCAGCGCCUCUAUCAGGCUGGUGAGGGGAGACUAGGGACAGAUGAAUCCUGCUUCAACAUGAUCCUUGCCACGAGGAGCUUCCCUCAACUGAGAGCAACCAUGGAGGCCUAUUCCAGGAUGGCUAACCGAGAUUUGCUCAGCAGCGUAAGCCGAGAAUUUUCUGGAUACGUUGAAAGUGGUCUGAAGGCCAUCUUGCAGUGUGCCCUCAACCGCCCUGCCUUCUUUGCUGACCGGCUCUACUAUUCCAUGAAAGGCGCUGGCACAGAUGACUCCACCCUGGUGAGGAUUGUGGUCACUCGGAGUGAGAUUGACCUCGUUCAGAUAAAACAGAUGUUCUCCCAGAUGUAUCAGAAGACCCUAAGCACAAUGAUUGCAGGUGACACGAGUGGAGACUACAGAAAGCUGCUUCUGGCCAUUGUGGGCCAGUGAGAAGGAUCUUUCUUUUCUUUAAUGAAUGAAGCUAUUCAGAGCUUAUCCUUCCAAGCAACGAGACCUGCAUGCAGCUGUGUCCGACACCACCUGAGCAGAGCAGCUUCUUAUGAAGGACUGUCAGGAGUUGUGCUUGGUUUGCACAUGUUGUUACUGCCUUAAUUCUGAUGUUACUUUUUCUUUCUAUAUCCAAUCAGUGUAAAAGCCAUAUCAGUGAUGUAGUAAUGUUAUAAUACUUGUAAAGCUUCAGUUUCACUGCUAUUAUUUUAAUCAGGAUUUCAAAUUGAAUAAAAAUCACAGUAAUCUAA